AUGGAAAUCCAAAGUAGUGCCAAAGCAGUGAUCAGAAGGAGAAAUCCUUGUUCCUCAACCAAACUCGUCCUUUGCAUCAUUCUUGCGCUUACCCUUCCAAUACUAUUGUAUCUCUACUUCCCUUCAGAACCAUCCAAGGGAAGGAUUCUCUGCAUCAAAGGGCAUGACACACACGAAGGGAAGAAAAACUUGUAUGCCUUAGCAUGGCCAGAGAGCCUUCCACGCUCUGCGACUCUCUUGAAGGGCUUAACCUUUGUGUCGGACACAUACUACGACUAUGAAAAUCUUUGGCAUGGAUUGUCCGCUAUAGCUCCUUUUGUGGGCUGGUCAAUCAAGAACGAAUGCCUAAAACCAACAAGAUGGGUGCUCUUCCAUUGGGGCGAGGCUGUUGUGAUGAGGCACAAUGCGGGGCGCAUGGCGAAGGAAAGGAAGCUUCAGGUUUUUGACCUGUUGAGGUGCAAAGCGAGGUCGUUUUGCCGAUUAAGCCUUUUCGGUAGGGGGAAAGAGGUCAAUGCAAGAAGAGAGCCUGUUGUGAGGCUGACUUUGCUGAUGAGAAGAGAUUCGAGAUCGUUCGCGGAUCCAACCGCUGUGAUUAGUGUAUUUGAGGGGGAAUGUGCCUUGGUGGAAGGAUGCAUGAUGGAGGUGGCUCAGUCUGAAGAUUUGAGCUUCUGUGAUCAGGUGAAAGUAAUGACUAAUAUCGACAUUGUUGCGUCACCACACGGAGCACAGCUAACGAACAUGAUCUUCAUGGACAGAAACAGUAGUGUUAUGGAGUUCUUCCCCAAGGAUUGGAGCUUGCAGGUGUUGGCCAGUAGCACAUCACUGGAUGGCAGAAAUUUCUGGGAUGAGCCACACUGGCGCUUGGCAUGA